AUGCCUCCCGUCCCGCCGCUUAUAUUGCGAGGGCAAUAUAAAAACCUCGCGCCCCGGUCACCAAUCGUAGCCGGCCUGAUCAACAAGCUCAACCGCGGCUUUCCUGCUCUGUAUGCACGCCAAGCAGACAAUACAGACUCGCAGAAAACGAACGACACAUCUGAGGCCUUCGGGAAGACGUACCUCAGGUCAGCUUUUUGGGUUCUAGGGGUUCGGGCAGAGCUUGAGAAACACGCUCCGGACUUGUCCAGCAACCACAACCGGCCCAGCCGUUCCUCGUCUUCACACCCCCCUCCUUUUGACCCGUCUCCUUGGAAGCUCACUUCGGUCCGUCAGACUGCCGCUGGUCGUUAUACUCCCGGCAGCUCAUCAGCUUCCAUCCGCCAAGGGGAGAUAUAG